ACGCGUGAAAUUCAACGUAUACUAGUUGAUUUCUUCGUUACAGUAAUCGUUGAUGCUCACUUUAUAUCACAGCUGUAGAUUUCCUACUUCACCGAGAAUUAAGUGCACGAGUUACGUAUAAGAAGAAAAAAUUGGUGUUUGCACAACAAUCGUGCUUUGGUGAAUAAUUUUUAACGAGGAACUUUCAGAAUAUACGGUUAAAUAUUAUCAUUAGUUGCUGUUUACUCUAAUGGUAUCUCAUAUGUUUUAAGAUGCUAUAGUAAUCAUUUUACUUUAUGACGUGAUAUUUUUUUUUGGAAAAGUGCAAAUUACAUAUAUCAUAUAUUGACAUAAUGGAGGAAUAUCUUGAUGCACACGCACCUCAAUGGGUGGAUUUUACCAAAUCUUGCAGUCCGCAAGUAGCACAAGAUUUCUUUGACAGAGUACGUACAAUAGAACCUAAAGAUAAACUGUGUGACUUUACUUCUAAGGAUACGGAGAAUAUUCAGCCUGCAUCUCAAGAAGAUGUUUCUGAUUCUAAUACAAUUAUGGAAUUGCAAGAAGAUUUGAUUAUGAAAAAUACUCCUGUCAAGGUGGUCUCUCCAAAUUGUGAUAAUAAAGAAAAGAUAACAAUUACUUAUGAUCAGAUCCUUAACAAUGCAAUGAGAACACUGGAGUUCUGUCAAAAGCCACCUAAAAUCCGAGACGUGUCAAAUAAAAUUAACCAAGAGUCUAAUGUUUUUAAGACACCAAGCGUGUCUAAAGGCACUAAAUCGUCCAGAUCCAUUGGCUUUCGUAGCGUACCGAACAAACACGUUCAAUCCAGUCAAGAUACUGUAUCAAAAUCUGUAAAAAUUAACAAGAACAAUAAUACUGUAAAUAUGAGGAGAACAUUGGCCAACCAUUACCUGUUUAAGCAAGAUGAUGCUUGCGCGAAGAAUAAUACUUCCAAAAUACCAGAUGUAUGCUCAGAUGCUACUAAAGACAAAAAAAGGGAUGAGGAACCUAAGGAGGACAGUGAAGAACUUAAGGAUAAGGAACUUGACAAGGACAGUGGAGAACUUAAGGAGGAAAAUAAGGAACUCAAUGAGAAGAACAAAGAAGAACAUGAGAAGGAAAACAAUGACGAAUUUAAGAACGAUAGUGGAGAUCAUAACGAAGAAAAAAACGAGGAGCAGCAAGAUGAACAAGAAGAAUCAAUAGACGACAAUAAGGACAAGGAAGAAAAUAAUGAGGAUGAUGUGGAUACUGCAAUUGAAAAGGCCAAACAAAGGCAAUCUAAUAAACAUACCUCAAUCCUCACCUGGCAGAAUCACAGACGGAGCAUGUAUAAACGCCGAACGUCAACAAACAGUAAGCAGUACGUCAGCUUGGCGGAGGCGGUGUCGCGCUUCCAAAAUGAAACACCCAAACGUUUCCGUACCAGAAGCACGAAGGAGAACAAUACGUCUGCGGUGAUCAGCCUACCGAAAUUGAUGCAGAAUCGCCUGCGAACGACGGUGCCGAUUUCACCGGCACUCGUAUCGAAGAACAGAGCGCGUGCCGUCACAGUGCUGAGCCAGGAGGAACGCGAGAAGCUGCAGCUGGAGGAGAUGAAGAAGUAUCAGAUAAAAGCGAAGCCGAUACCGCCUAGCGUGCUGCGGGGUCCGCGCGUGAUGCCGAAAGUCGCGAAGAAGUCAGCGGACACGACGCAGUCCGAGAGUGGCGAGAUAUCUUGCGCUACAAGUUUGCUCCAGAGUAAAAAUUCACCGCCACCAGUCUGUCACGAUAAAACUUUCUUCGGCCCGAAGAAAACGGUGCCAAGGAUAACGGUGACCGAUUCUGAGGGUAUUAUCGUGGAACAACAGACGAUAGCGUUCUUCGGCGUGCCUAAAGAAAGCGUCACCAAGAGCGCGACGCGCGUUCAGCCAUUCAGCUUCGAGGCGCGCAACAAGAAUCUGCAGAUGAAAAAGGAGCAACGGUUGAAGAGCUUGCAGGAGGUCAACAAGACUAAAGAGUUCCAUGCCAGGCCGGUGCCGAAUUUUUCAAAACCGCCGACACCGUCAGCCAAGCAGCAGCAGCAGCAGCAGCAGCAGCAGCGGCAGAGCAUGAAGAGGUCGGUCCUGCCGUGUCCAUUCAGUUUUGAGGAACGAAAUAAGCAAUUGUCGAAGAAGAAGGAGCAGUUGGUAAAACAAGUGCUCGAAGAGGACAAACGGUCGCGGAUAUUCCGUGCGAAUCCGGCACCGUCUUUCAAACCCGUAAUGGUACGUGGCAGAUCUAAGGACCGUCUUUUCGUGCAGGACAAGAAGGUGGCGAAUGAGCAUGAAGAUCAGGAGAAUUUGGAGCCGAAUGUUGGUUCUUCGAAGACAGAAAAUAAAAGUACCCGGAAAACGAAAAGUGCUGCUUGCGCUAUUGAUAAGCAAAAGGCAUCUCUGAAGGAGAAGAUCCAUCCGCCAGAAUUGAACACUGAUAAACGAGCGAAGGAACGACGCGAAUUCGAGGAAAGGUUGAAGCGUAGAGAAAUGGAGGAUGAGAAGAAGCGCCAAGAACAGAUUAGAAAGGAACUGGAGGAGGAGAUGCAAGUAAAAGUGGAGCUGCGCAAGUUGACGGAAGUGAAGGCCAGACCGAUGCCGAAGUACAAAUUGCCGAUUAUCGUUAAAGCGACGAAACAACUGACCCAACCGCAAAGUCCUGCAUUCGCAAGUAAACUCAAGUCGAAGCAAACAUAAACGUAAUAUAUUAAUUGACAUAAUUCGCAUUCAUUUAUUCCAACAAUUAUUCUAUAAGUUUAAGCCUUUGCGGACACGCGUCAGGAUAUUUCGAACAUAAUUGGUGUCAGUUGGUUAUACGCGUUUAUUUAUCGCACAAAGUUAAAGUUUUUUAAUAUAUUUGUUUAAUAGUUUGAUUCUACCUUUUUCUAUUUAUUAUUACGGACUGUAUUUGCACCUGUUCCGUUCUCAAAGGGUUAAACUUUCUGUAAUUUUUAUCAUAUUAAAUAUACUUAAAUAAUAAACUUAAGCUUUUUCUUAAGAUAUUUGCUAUGUUUUACACGCUUCACUCAAUAUAUUUUAUAUAAACUAACGCACUAAUAUAUUCAUGUUCGCAAAUGUGCCAGACAUGCUUCAUGUAUGAUUAAAAAAAGAAGAAAUAUAAAAAAGAUGUAUGAGAGAAAUAUUAAUUAGUAUUUUAUGGAUGAUUUAUAUAAAAUAUAGAGUGAGCGAAACAUUAAAUUCAGAGAAGUGUUUUAAAUCAACAUUUUUAAGGAAGAUAUGUAUGUAAAUAUUUGCAAACUGUCCCGUUCUCAAAGGAUUAAACUUUCUAUAAUUUUUAUUAUAUUAAAUAUACUUAAAUAUAUUUUUUCCUAAGAUAUUUGCCAUGUCUUACAUGCUUUGCAUAAUGUAUCUUAUAUAAACUAUCUAACAUACUAAUAUAUUCGUCUUUCAAAAAUGCUAGACAUGCUUCAUGUAUUGUUAAAAAAAAGAAGAAAUAUAAAAAAGAUAUAUGAGGGAAAUAUUAUUAAUUAGUAUUUUAUUAAUUGCGAUAAAUGAACGUGUGUCUGCAAAAGCUUAAAUAUAUAUAUUUUUUUUUCUUUAAAAUCUAAGGAAGAUAUAUAUUUAAAUAUAUAUAUAUAUAUAUUUGUAUAAUAAUUUUUAUGCAAGAAUUUGAAUUUUUUCAUGCAUUUUUUAUUUUCUGUCUUGGAAGAAUCAAAAUUCGGCUUCCUAUUCUCCUGAUCUUCAUGCUCGUUUGCCACCUUCUUGUUCUGCAUGAAUUUAAAUAUAUAUCUUCCUUAAAUUUUAAGGAAGAUAUAUAUAUUUAAAUAUAUAUCUUCCUUGAAAAUGUUUAUUUAAAACACUUCUCUGAAUUAAUGUUUCACUCACCCUGUAUUUAUAUAAUGAUUACUAAAGUGUAAUUGUUAUAAAGAGUAUAAAUAAAAGUAAUUUUUAGAUCUGCUAACAAGUGUAAUUGUAAUAAAGAGUAUAAAUAAAAAGUAGUUUUUAGAUCUAUGAUGUCUUUUAUAAAAAGCAUCCAGUGUAUGAAACAAAUAUACAUUCAUGUAUGUAUGUUGCAUUAUACAAACUUAUUAAUCUAAAAUGAGUUGUGGUUUCACUUU